GUGCUACUUCUUCUUCUUCCAAGUACUUACUGAUCGAUCGACUUACUGCUACUGGGCGAGGAGGGGAACAGGAGGAGAGAUAAUCCGACGCAGGUGUUUACAACGAAUUACGGAGUGGGGGGGGGGGACGGGGGGACGGGGAGGUGAGGUUCUACCUAUUUACACAAGUAUGUACUUGGGUACACGAUAUCUAGAAGGGGUUACAGGCGCUAUAUUUUAUUUUUCUCCAUCCAUUCGCAUUAUCUUUUUUCUUUCCUGGCCCCUAGUUGUGUUGUGUUGUGUUUGGUUUGGUUUAAGCAGCUUUUUCCUUGCCUGCCUGCUCUGUGGUCGUCGACUUUUUUACUUUUUGAUUUCGAUUUCAUUGUUACUGACUGACUCGACUGUAUCUAUGAUGGACAAUGGUGCGAGGUGGGAGGUGGUGGGAGGUGGUAGUGGUAUGGGCAAUGGAGGUGGAUGUGGCUGUGGAUAGGAACGUGGAUAGGGAUAGGACGUGUUUGUACUGAUACUCUGCUACCGUAUAACGUCCUGAUGAACAAUGGAUUCAAAUGAUUGAUUAUGAUUCGAG